AUGACCGGAAUUGCUAAAAGAGCUUCUGGUAUUCUGAAGUCUAGUUCGGCGGCGGCUUCUAAGCCAAUCCAGGCGUUAGAUCCCGACUUUGUUAUCUCAAUUGCUUACCCAAUUGAGAAGGACUCUGGAGUUGCUAAAAAGAACCUUGAAAUUAUUCUUGACUCAUUGUACCAUCAUGGGUUUUUCGCUCAAGUCAGACCCCAGGAUGCAACUAACUUGCUUAUCUUCGUGAAAUUGGGCAGCUCUGCCUACCUGGAGGCCGUUGCCAAGGACUCUAUGAGAGACUAUGAGUUUGGCGUUACUUCUCCUUCAACUUCAGCCGCUCCUCCUGACAGGUUGAGAAUUGUGUAUCAAGUUUUGACCCACCCUGAGUCAAUUGGAGGGGCAGAUAUCGAAGGCUAUAAGUUUGUCAACUCCGUUAUCCCUGUGAAUUCUUCUUUGGGAUCAAGCUCGACUCCUACGACUUCUGCUACAGUUGUUACCAAGCACUCAGCGGUCGAGAUUUUCAAGUCAAAUGCCUCAAUUGAUUCAAUCAAGAACGUAUUCGGAACCAAGGUUGCAUUUUAUUUUGAAUUCUUGAAGUAUUAUAUCGCCUGGCUCACCAUUAUCGCUCUGUUUGGUGUCGUGUCUACCCUUAAACUGAGAAAUAGAUUCUCCAUGACUUAUACUUUCUUGAACUUGCUUUGGGGGAUACUUUUCAUAAGUUUCUGGAACAGAAGGGAAAAGUAUUUGUCCAAUUCUUGGGGAGUUGAGAACUCUAGUCUUGUGGAGAAGAAUAUUUUAAAAUCUUCAAUUUCUACAAUCCCAACCUUGUCAAAUGCUGACGGUAUCAGAUUCCUUAAGCAGUUUGCUUUUGUUCCAAUUGCCCUUCUCUUCGUGGCCACUUUGGUUACCUACCAAUUGGGAUGCUUUGUCUUGGAAAUCUUUUUAUCUGAAAUUUAUGAUGGUCCAGGAAAGUCCUUGUUAACGUUGCUUCCAACCGUUUUAAUUUCCGUGUUCGUUCCAAUCUUGACAAUUAUCUACAACAAAGUAUCAGAUGCUCACGUUGCCUGGGAAAACCAUGAUAACAGGUACUCCAAGAAAAAUUCUAACAUUAUCAAGCAGUUUGCUUUGAACUUCUUAACUGGAUAUAUGCCAUUGCUCAUCACUUCAUUCGUAUACUUACCUUUUGCUCAUUUAAUCAAGCCAAAUUUGGGAGACAUCGAACUCUCAAUUACUUCAACCAUGGAAAAUGCCUUUGGCCCUCACCAUGGAGGUAGAUUGCACAGGUACUUUGCCAAGUUGAAGAAACAAGAAGAUUUCAAGUAUAAUCAAGAAAGAUUAAACGGCCAAUUCUUCUACUUCAUUGUUACAAAUCAAGUUAUUCAGUUGGUCUUGAAGUAUGGACUUCCAUUCAUUAUCAAGUUUGUGAUGAAGAUUGUCAAUGAGAAGAUCUUGAAGAAGGAUGUUGAAGAAAAAGUAGUGUUCCAAGAUAGAGACGAUGAGUCCGAAUUCUUGGAAAGUGUACGUGAAAGUUUGAAAUUACCAGAAUAUAAUGUAGACGAUGAUUUCCGUUCGUUGAUUUUACAGUAUGGUUAUUUAAUCAUUUUCGGUCCAGUCUGGUCAUUGGCUCCCUUAGUGUCAAUUAUUUUCAAUGUUGCAACCUCUAAAUUAGAUUUAUUUAAGUUGCAAAGUGGUAAGUACUUCCGCCCCCCAGUCCCAGCGAGAAGCGACUCCAUACACCCAUGGAAGUAUGCAUUAUUUUGUUUGACUUGGAUAGGUCUGAUUGUUUCGCCAAUUAUUACACAGUUUUACCGCCACGGUACUACUCCCCCUUUGCCAUUAACUGAAUCUGACGGUCCACUUGAUGCUAUUAAGGCCAGCGUUGAUGAUGCAAUGGGUAUAGAUGGUGAAAGCCAGCCCGGACAUAGGGGACCUCAUCGUGGAAGAAAACAUAAGAAGGGGCCAAAGAAGAAUUUCUUCGAGCAGGCCUGUGUCAAUGGAUCCUGUUCUAGUUUUAUUUCGCUUUUCUUCCUUUCUGAACAUUUGUUCUUCCUUUCAUAUUUUGUUAUUGCUAAAUUUUCCCAACUUUACAAGAGCGAUAUUGAGCUCAAGAAUGAUUCCACUGCAACUGACACCAAGCUUAGAAGAGAAUUUUACUCAAGCAAGCAGAGAAGCAAGAAGAAUGACGAAAAGUUGCUAGCCGAACCAGGGGUUCAUGAAGGAUUAUGGGAGCAAUAUGGAUUAGACAACGCAUUAAAACAAGCUGACGAAUUGAAAUUGAGAGAAAAGGAACUGGCAGAUUCAGAAAAGGAUGAAUUUCAAUUUUCUAAUAGUGCCAGCCUGAAAGAAGCUUUAAAUAAAGUUAAGGAUGAUGAUGACUCUGUUAUUCAAGUAAGGGACGGGAGGGGUGGCUACUCAUAUGCUACCAUAGAUAACAAUAAACAUUUUGAACCUCCUGUGUCUGUUUCAACCCCAAAGCCACCACAACACCAACCUCCUGCGGUUCCAACAGUUCCUCAAAGUGCCAGUAGUCAAAAAAGUGGAAGUGAACAAUCAGAAGGAAUCAGUUCUUCCUCUACUGACGCAGCAAUUUACCAAAGCUUUGUCGAAAGUGCCGAAAGAAAGUCUACGGAUUUAUCCGAGAGCAAAGCUGAUACCACGGUAAACACUGCAGACGAAGAAAUAGGAUCAGCAGAUGUUAAGAUUGGAAGAAAGAAGAGUGCUCUUAAAAAGUUGUUGUCAAAAAAGAAACAACUUACUCGUGAAGAUUAA